UUUGUCCACACUCCAUAACCAAACAGUGUGUCCACCUUUUCUGAAAGAGAUACAUACAUAUAUACAAGAAUAUAGAUACACACAUACACAUUGAAAUAGAAAUUAGUUUCUUGUCUUCUUCCUCUGCAAUGGACAGAGUUCUCUAAGCUUUGUCUCUUUAGUGAAAAACAUUCAUUUCAACUUUCAACUGAUCAAUUCUUAGAGUUGUGUUUGUGUUUUCAAGUUUGGUCUUUAGGAUUUCAAUGUCUUCUGAUCUCUUUGUAUUUGACAACAAUUUCUUUGACCCUUUCUCCCCUUCUUCACUCCACGAUCAAGAUUUCUUCCAAGAAUUCUCAGAUGAGUUCAAUGUGAACUCAACCACAAUCUUGGAUCACCAAGAAAACUUCAUUGCUGAUGAGUCCAAUAAUUCAUCCAGUUUGGACCAAAUUGCCACUGCCCUUCUCUCCUCUUCUCCCCCAAGCCACCAGCUCGAGAGCCUCUCACUUUCCCAAACUACCCCUCUCUAUGGAGACUUCUCUGCCGCCAUGGAUGUCAAGACAGAGGAUUCUCAGCCCCAAUCUUUGUACCCCUCUUUUUUGCCUCAGAGCUAUGGCGAAAAUGCUAUGAAAAUGAUGCAGAGGAGCUUUAGCAGUAACUCCUUUGAGGGCAGGCCUAGUAAUUUCUCCCGUUUUCAGCCCCAAUUAGAUACCCUCUUGGAAUCGCCAAAUCUCCAUGCCCAAGUCCUCAGCUCCCCUGAAAACAGCAGCUUUUCUUCCGGCCAAAUGAGAAGAGUUUGCAGCACCGGAGAUUUGCAGAAGAUGAAAUCAAGGAACACUCUGUCUUCAAGCCCAUUGUCAAGGGAAAGCUCAUUCAUGGAGGAAGCCAACUUCAAGGUGGGACGAUACAGUGCCGAAGAAAGAAAAGAGAGGAUUCAUAGGUACAGGGCAAAGAGGAACCAGAGGAAUUUCAACAAGACAAUUAAGUAUGCAUGCCGGAAAACGUUAGCCGACAACCGGCCGCGCAUACGUGGUCGAUUUGCGCGCAACGAUGAAGCCGGCGAUAUUCCCAAAACUGCAAAUUUUAAUAGAUUUGAAGACGAAGAUGAUCUUUGGAUUGAGGGAGUGCAUGAAGAAGAAGAAGGGUUAGUAGGAAAAGGGCCAUUUUUCAACAGCUAUGGGUCGACUGCGACGUCCGCUAUGCCGACGCAUUAUCAAUAUUUUAGCUAUUGACGGCGGCGAUGAUGAUACAUUAUUAUUAUUAUUUAUUAUUUACUAUUUACUAUUAGAAAUAUUAUUAUUACUAUAACUAUAAUUAUUAUUAGGAUAAUAAAAGUCUUUUUUUUUUUAUUUAGUUCGCCAUGAUGAUUUUGGCGAUGCCUAAUUGCCUAUAGGAUAGUAUAUGUAAUUUUUUUUUUUCCUAUUUGUAUUUGAUCUGAAGAU